AUGGCGUCUCAUGCUCGCAAGCCAUCAACGCGAGCGGCUCUCCCUCGACGUAGUACACGAGGUCCGCUUGACGCCGAAGAUGAUCCGCUGUCACCAACCUCGUCUCUCGCCAGCUCUGCUGUGAGGUCGCCAGUCGAUAUCAGGUCCCAUUCACCGCUUCCUCCCGCAGCGAUCACUACCAAUACUGAGACUGCUCCGUCGAUAGCAACAGUCACACAGUUCGAUGGCGCCAAUGACUCCGACCAGCCGCAAGAUGACCGCGACCUGUCCUUCCUCCUUGAGUCAAGCAUUUACCAUCCACUAUCUCAGCUGGAGAUUCCAAGUCCUUUCCGGAGGCCACUGCCGCCACCGCUCCCAUCGACUGCGAAAUUGACGGAGGCAUUCAAGCAGAUUGAUCACUUGUUGGCGGAGUGUGACUACCUCCAAGCGGCUCACCUAGCUGGUCUCGUCCUGAUCUCAGGCGCUGUAGCACCCACGGACCAGAGAUCCAUCUUCCGACUACUAGCCAUACGAUACUCCUGUCUGGAGCUAUCUGGCAACGUCGCUCUCGCUGCGCAAGAAUCCAAAGCGCUAGAGGAUCUGGGAUCUACGUUUUACUACUCAGAUCUACCGCCCGAGGCAGCAGGUGAUGGCGAGAAUGCGGAGACGUCAGGGGCUAGGUCUCUACCAAAGCACAUUGUUCCCUGGCAUCUACGAAUACAAGCAUUGCGACUGCAAAGUAUAGGCUUCUCAGACCCUAGGAGGGGCGUGUCUGCUCUAUAUGACUUGGCAACUGAGUGCAGGGAUUUCCUCGCAUCGCCUUCACUUUCGGAAGCGGAACGGCAGCUUUGGGGUACACGGCUCGAGGAGCUUGGCAUCCGGGUUGUCAACGCUUUAAUCGAUAUGGGCGACCUAGACUGUGCGAGACGCACGCUCAACUCGAUGAAGCCUGCCGAGAAUGGCUCUGUCGCUGCAUGGACGAUGCGAAACGCGAUACUGUGUGUCCGAAUGGGUUUGCUAGGCGAAGCAAAAAAGGCGGUUGACAGUGCCCAUUGUGGUGAUGCCGAGAAGGCGAUCUUACAAUCACUGCUUGCUGUAGCUGAAGGCCAGUUCGACACAGCGAUUGAGCUACUCCAAAGCCCAUUAAACACGUCCAGCAACUUGGCGGCGCUGGCGAAGCAGAAUCUGGCCGUGGCGCUCCUCUAUCGGAGCGAUAUUCGGAAAGCUAGAGAGGUUCUGGAGGGUUUGGUCGACGAAGGCUACUCUUUCCAGACGCUGACUAUCAAUCUUGCGACGAUCUAUGAUCUGACUACUGACCGCUCGAGAGAAUUGAAGUUGACGCUAGCCGAUAGGAUUGCACAACAACAGCAUGAGGGACAAGGCCAUGGCAGGAUAUUCACUAAUAUUGAUUUCAAGCUAUGA